AUGGCGACCACCGGAGGCAAUGAUAUCAGCCAUAGCCAGGGCAAUGGCCUGAACCCCGAUGUCAACGUCGGAACUGGCCAGGUUGAUCUCAUCGACGGCCAUGGUGACAGCGCGGCGCCUCCUUACUCCCAGAAUGACAACUUUGACCCGGAGAAGGCUCGUGCUGCGAAGGACUCAGACUCCUCUUCUGGAAAGGUCGAGGCUCUCGAGCGGGCGCCUGGAGCCGACUAUGAGCCGGUUGACAAGAUGACCGAGCGUGGCGUCCUGCGCAAGCUUGACUACCGCAUCAUCCCCAUGGUCAUGUGGGUGUAUCUGAUGAACAUGAUGGACCGAGUCAACAUCGGCAAUGCGAGGUUGUUCAGAAUGGAGGAGGACCUGGGUCUUGAGGGCUCAGAGUUCCAGCUGGCUGUCUCUGUUCUCUUUGUCACCUACUGUCUUUUCGAGACCCCUUCCAACAUGAUCAUCAAGAAGCUGCAACCUGCUCGCUAUCUUGCUGGUCUGACCAUCGCCUGGGGCUUCAUUGCCACCUUCAGCGCCUUCGUGCAGAACCUCGGCUCUCUCAUCGCGUGUCGCCUUCUUCUCGGCCUCUUCGAGGCAGGCUUCUUCCCUGGCGUCGUUUUGUAUCUCUCCAUGUUCUAUGGCCGCCGAAACCUGGCUCUGCGCAUCGCCUACUUCUACUCCACUGCAGCUCUGUCUGGUGUUGCCGGUGGCCUGGUUGCAUAUGGCAUCUCGUUCAUUGACGGAGCCAAGGGUUGGUCAGCUUGGCGUUGGAUUAUCCUGAUCAAUGGUCUGCCUACCAUUGUGACUGGUGUCAUUAUCCCGUUUGUUCUACCCAACAGCCCUGAGACGGCGAAAUUCCUGACCGACGAGGAUCGUGCCAAUCUCGUCCGAAUCCAUGAGGCUCAGCUCGGACGCGCUCACAACCUUCGCAACAUGGUCAAGUCCGAUGUCAUUGACGGCCUCAAGGACUGGACCACUUGGGCCUACUGCUUUGCCCUAUUCCCCAUGCUCACCAUGCUCUACUCAUUUGUCGUCUUCUUGCCGACCAUCAUCAACCUGAUGGGUGAGUGGAGUGCCGCCGAGGUUCAAGCCAUGACUGUUCCCGUGUACGCAGCAGGUGCCAUCGUCUACCUGCUCAGUGCGCGUUACUCCGAUGUCACCCAGAAGCGUGGCUACUUCGUCAUGGGGGCCCUCUGCAGCUCCAUCAUUGGCUAUGCUAUGCUCAUCUCUGGCCACAGCAACGCCGUAUCAUACGCCGGCUGCUUCUUUGUGUCCAUGGGCCUCUUCACCUCGUCCGGCAUCUCGUUUGCUUGGGUCCCCACCAACAACCCUCGUUACGGCAAGCGCGCCAUCUCGACCGGUCUACACCUCACCAUCGGUAACUCAUCAGGCGUCGCAUCUCCUUUUCUGUUUGUGUCUGAUGACGCACCUCGAUUCAUUGCCGGGUACGCCGCCAGCAUGGGCAUGCUCGUCGUUUCCCUUGGCCUGAAUAUUGCGCUGCAUCUUCACUUUAAGAGGCAGAACAGGUUGAGGGAUGAAGGGAAGCAAGAUCACCGCAUGGACGGUCUCAGCCCUCUUGAGAUCGAGGCACUCGGCGAGAAGAGCCCUAGGUUCCGUUUCGCGAUUUAG